AAAAGAGAGAUUUAAAACGCAAAGCGUAUAAGAAAAAGAAAAGUGUAACAAUACGAAUAGACAACAUAGAGAAAACCCAAACGGAAUUUACUUGCAAAAAAUCUAUAAAAUUGCACAAAACAGAAAGGUAUACAAACAAGAAAAAUUCGUUCGCAAAUAAAAGCAAAAUAUCAUUCGAUCACUUUUAUUACAAACGCAAUAAAUAAAUAGAAAAAAUAAUGGCACAAAAUAUAAGUCCUGAACAUAGUGGACUCUCAGGCGGCUCUCAGGGUGUUAAGCAUAAUGAUGAUUCAGUACCUAUAAAGGAUAAUCACGCUGUUAGUAAAAGACUGCAAAAAGAAUUAAUGAGUCUAAUGAUGACCACAGAAAAGGGUAUAUCGGCAUUUCCCGACGGUGAAAAUAUUUUCAAGUGGAUUGGCACCAUAGCUGGACCUAUUAAUACAGUUUACGCUACACAAAAAUAUCGAUUGUCAUUGGAAUUUCCCAACUCGUAUCCCUAUGCACCUCCUGUAGUAAAAUUUUUAACGCCCUGCUUUCAUCCCAAUGUGGACUUACAAGGUGCCAUUUGCUUGGAUAUAUUAAAGGAUAAAUGGUCGGCUCUAUACGAUGUUCGCACCAUUUUAUUGUCUAUACAAUCUCUGCUGGGCGAGCCCAAUAACGACAGUCCCUUAAACGCGCAGGCAGCGAUGAUGUGGGCCGAUCAGACAGAGUACAAAAAAUAUCUUGAUGCAUUUUAUGAGAAACAUCAAGAUACAUAAGUUCAUUGAUUUCACACCCCUUCAAAAACUACACCAACCACAUGCCAUCCUUUUUAUUGAUUUUAGUAAAUGUUUGUGCGUCUAUUGGAAUUUUUAGUUUUAUUACUACUAAUCUUAAACCAUCUAUCGUCUUACAUUAUUAACAACUGCAUCCAAUUAAAAAUUUACUGAUCUUUAGAAGAAAAAAAGUUAUUUAUUGUAAAAGAGAUGAUUCCUCAUAUCACGUAAAUUUGAUUUUUUUUAAGCUAAAUUUAGUUGAAUCUCUAUUCCAUAAUUUAAAUCAAUCUUAAUUAUAUUUAACACAAAAACACUUGUAAAAUCUUUAUUAGGAAGCCCAAAACAAAUGAUUAUCAUAAAUUAUUGUUUACUUUCAUUUUUUUCGAUUAAACAUAAAACAAAAAUUGAUUUUCUAAGUAUUAAUUUCAAAUUUUAAUCUAAGUACUUUUCAAAAUUUUAUUGUCAUUGAGAUUUAAAACUAAAAACAUACCAAUAAAAUAUUGUAACAUCUUUUAAGUUUAUGUUAAAAAAGGAUGUCUUUUAGUUCAAAAUAUAUUUUUUUUAAAUAUUUUAAUUUACAGUAAUGAAGUUUUAAAUACAAAAAUGAAUGAAUAUCAAAGAA